GCGGCCCCGGCUCCAAGCGCGCUCGCGCGAGGCCUGCGCGCCGCUUCUCCGGGCCGGGCAGGGGAGCCGAGGCGGCGUCGGCGUCGUCCCUCCGCGCCCGCCCAGCCUCGCCGCCUCCGGGUUGCCCCCGAGCAGGGCCGGCCACCGCGAGCGGCCGAGAAGGCCGCCUGGAUCGCCGCCGCCAUGUUCGUGCAGGAGGAGAAGCUCUUCGCGGCGCGGGUGCUGCGGCUCCGCAUCUGCGCCCUGGACGGGGCCGAGUGGCUGGAGGAGGUGGCCGAGGACACGGCGGUGGCGCGCCUCAAGGAGCGCUGCCUCAAGCACUGUGUGCCUGGGAGCUUAGAGGAUCCAAAAAGUGUAACACAUCAUAAACUGAUCCAUGCUGUGUCAGAGAAGGUGCUGAAUGACACAAAAACCGUAUUGGAGGAAAACAUUCAAGACAGAGAUGUUUUGGUGCUGAUGAAGAAGAGAGCUCCUCCCGCUCCUCCCAAAAUGGCUGACAUUUCUGAAGAGGAAAAGCGGAAGCAGGAACAGAAAGCUCCUGAUAAGGAGGCGAUUCUGAAAGCGACCACCAGCCUCCCGUACCACAGCGUAGACCACGGCGUGGCUCACCACAGCAUGAGGGAUUUCCAGACAGAGCUUCGGAAGAUCUUAGUCUCGCUAAUAGAAGUUGCCCAGAAAUUGCUAGCGUUGAACCCUGAUGCAGUGGAACUGUUUAAGAAGGCAAAUGCCAUGUUAGAUGAAGAUGACGAUGACAGAGUGGAUGAGAUCGCCCUGCGCCAACUGACUGAAAUGGGGUUUCCAGAAAGUAGAGCUGUCAAAGCCCUGCGUUUAAGCCACAUGUCCGUGACUCAGGCCAUGGAAUGGCUGAUUGAACAUGCAGAUGACCCCACAGUGGAUGCCCCUCUGCCAGGUCAGUUCUGGGUUGAAAAUGCAGCAGGAGCAGAUGCGUCCUCCACUCGGGCAGUUGCUGGGACUAGCCUUGACACGAGCAGAGAAGAGCAGAAGGACGAGCUGACAGAAAUAUUCAAGAAGAUACGCAGGAAAAGAGAAUUUCGCCCAGAUCCACGGGCCAUCAUUGCCUUGAUGGAGAUGGGCUUUGAUGAGAAAGAAGUGGUGGACGCACUCAGAGUGAACAACAACCAGCAAAAUGCAGCAUGUGAGUGGCUGCUGGGAGACCGGAAACCCACCCCUGAGGAUUUAGACAAGGGGAUUGACCCUUCCAGUCCGCUUUUUCAAGCAAUUCUAGAAAACCCAGUGGUACAACUAGGCUUAACAAAUCCUAAAACGCUACUUGCCUUUGAAGAUAUGCUUGAAAACCCUUUAAACAGUACUCAGUGGAUGAAUGAUCCAGAAACGGGGCCUGUCAUGUUACAGAUUUCUCGUAUCUUCCAGACACUGAACCGUACAUAGAGAGGACAACUCUGUCCGUUCUGCCACUUUGGGACUCUGUUCUUGGCUGUGGAAUUUCUGAACAACGGGAGGCACCUCUGUUGCCUGAGGCAGAGCAAGCAAAAACAGUGUCUGGGGUGUUUUGUCAUCUUUACAUAGAUGUGUUGCAAACAAAAUGUUUUAUUAGUUUUCACUUAAUAUGCUGUGUGAUUUUAGUGUUACUCUAAAUGGGUUUGAAAACUUGGGGGAGAUGUUCUCAAGUAUUUCUAUAGGAACCUAAAAUGAUACGUCCAAAUAUAGAAAGAGUGUUUUUCAAUUGUCUAAGAAUCUGGUAACUUACAAAAUGGCAACAUAGUUCAUAUUUUAAAUUUUCAGAAUUGUAACAUAUCGAGAUCACUGAUGUCUGGCCAGUAGCACAGCCUCCAGGUUACAGUUUACAGGAUAUCAGUUAUAAGACCAUAAUCAUAAUGUUCACUUCUGCUUAUUAUUAAGAUCUUACUGAAAUACAGUAAGCUUUUUAAAGUCACGCUUGAAGUGUCCUGUUUUUAUUAAAUGUGAAAUGCAGGAUUGGGGGAGUGGGUAUGAUGUUGUGCCAACUCAGAUAUGUUUAUUGUGAAUUAAGAAUUAUCCUUUUAUGGUAGUAGACCUAGGAGCCAUCAAAUCUUGGUUUCCAGCAUCAGCAAUUUGUAUCUGGAACUCUUUCAACGAAAGGGAAACACGACUUGUAAAUACUUAAUGUGUAUAUCAGCAGCCUGAGUGCCAACAAAGCGCCUGUGAAGAUGUUGUGCCAGCACCUGGGAUGGGGAAGACUAGCGUUGUAUUUGAAUAGACACGUUGGAAUCAAGCCAAGCGCCACUAGCGUUAUCAGCUCCGCGGAGAUUCACUUUGUUCAUCUUCGUGGCUUCUGUGCAGUCCCACAUUGAGACUGUGCACAUGCUGGCCAGCCACAGAGAAGAUUUCCAGAGCUUUCUAGAAGACUAGGAGUGCCCCUCCUCCCUUUGGUGCUUUCCUGCCAAAAACAUCACAUGACCAGGAGGGUCGGCACUAUUCCCUCUGUUCUCUUUUUGCCGCCACUGAGAGAGUAUCUCCAUUGUUUUUCUCCACUUUUUCCUCACCUCAUCUUUGAGGCUGAGGAGACUUGCUUCUCCUAAAAGUUUUUAAUCAUCAAUAGAUGUUCUAGUGAAGAAUAAAACUACAUUUAAAGAAUAA